UAUUAAUUUAUGCGAUUUUCUCGGGAACUUAUUUAAGACAUUCACAGUUCGUCUCUUUUGGCAUCCCAAAUAUUGUCUUCGUGUUCUCCUCUUUUCCCAUAUAUUUUCUGUGUCCCUUAUUUGAUUGCCGAGAAACUGCGAGAAAUAAAAAAUUCGAGAAGGAGAAUAAAUCUCUCUUUCAAAAUCUUUGUUCUUUUCUUUCAUAGUUGCUUUCAGUUUUCGAAGCCGUAUCUGCAUUUUCCACCACAAUUUGUUAGAUCAAAGGGUCCUUGAGUAUAAAGAAAGAGAGUGAAAAUCUCAGAGCCUUCUUCAUACACAAUCCGCUGAGGAACUUUAGUUUUGUUAAGAAAUUGUGUUGUUAUGGACAUAAAGUCUGGUCACUCGUCUCCAGUAAUGACUGAUUCUCCACAGAUAAGCAACUCGAGAUUAACGGUUCGUCAGAGUAGACUACCUCCUUACUCAUCAGCCACGGCUGUGUCACAGAACAACAAUCUCUUGCUAACAGUUCCCAGAAAGAAAACUGGGAUUAUUGAUGAUGUUAAGGCUAAUGCUUGGCUUGAUGCAAUGAUAGCUUCUUCUCCUACCCCAGCAAUAGUUGACAAAGACAACAUAAGCAGCAGUGAUGCUACUACGGAUAUGACUUAUCGCGAAUGGACGGUCAAGUAUCCAUCAGCACUUACUACUUUUGAGAAAAUCAUGAGUGUUGCAAAGGGCAAAAGGAUAGCUUUGUUUCUUGAUUAUGACGGGACACUUUCUCCUAUUGUUGAGGAACCUGAUGCCGCCUACAUGUCAAGUGAUAUGCGAACGGCAGUGCAGAACGUUGCCAAGUACUUCCCAACCGCUAUCAUUAGUGGAAGAAGCCGUGAUAAGGUGUAUGAGUUUGUUGGACUGAGUGAACUUUACUACGCCGGAAGCCAUGGGAUGGACAUCAUGAGUCCUGCAGGAGAGUCGUUAAACCACAAACAUCUCAGCCGUACUGUAUCAAUUAACGAACAGGGGAAAGAUGUUAAUCUGUUCCAGACUGCUAGCGAGUUUCUACCAAUGAUUGAUAAGGUGCUUUGUUCGCUUGUGGAGAGUACAAAGGAUAUCAAAGGAGUCAAAGUAGAAGACAACAGGUUCUGCAUCUCUGUGCAUUACCGCAAUGUAGAAGAAAAGAACUGGACACUGGUUGCACAAUGCGUUGAUGAUGUCAUUAGAACAUAUCCAAAGCUACGGCUAACAUAUGGCCGGAAGGUUUUAGAGAUCCGUCCGGUUAUUGACUGGGACAAAGGGAAAGCUGUGACCUUUCUACUUGAAUCUCUCGGCCUAAACAACUGCGAGGAUGUUCUUCCAAUCUAUGUCGGGGAUGAUCGAACGGAUGAAGAUGCAUUUAAGGUCUUACGAGAUGGACCAAACCACGGUUAUGGUGUAUUAGUCUCUGCUAUGCCUAAAGUCAGCAAUGCCUUUUACUCUCUUCGUGAUCCAUCUGAGGUGAUGGAGUUUCUGAAAGCAUUGGUGACAUGGAAGAGAUCAUUGGGUUAGUAGAAGAAAAUGACUGACGUUAAUAUAUAUAUAUAUAUAUUAUAUAUAUAUGGAAGUUAGAAGAUUGUUAUUAUACAGAGACAAUGGAGAAAGAGCUGUUGCAAAAUUAAAGCAUUUCUUUCUUUUGGUUUUUGGUUGUUGUUUAAGUUGUUUAAACAGUUGGAUUUUAAUUUAAUUGAUCGGAGGAAGAUCACAUGAAGGCUUAAACAUGCCAGAGAUCUUCUUCAUGAUCAUUUUCUCAUUUUCAUCUUUUAUUACAGCUGUAAAUUUUUCUUUCAUUAUAAACAUUUUUUUCAUGUGUUGUUGGUCUUAACCUUGGUUGUUCGGA